GCGGGCCGCUCAGUCGAAAUCCAAAAACUCAAAUCUCUACUUGAUCCACUUUCAGUCAUCUCAACGCGAGUCCGGUUUUUGCAAGUGGAGCGAGACAAGCAGAGUGCCGUGAGCGAGUACAAUAUGGCGUCGAGUGGCAAUGGAGCAGCAGCAGCAGCAGCAGCAGCAGCAGCGGCCCAACGCGGGAGACACGUGCGGGGCGGGAGUGCAUUGGCGCACUUGGGAACGUCCGUGCCGUCCAUGCUGACCGCUCCGCCUCGGACGGACACCAUCCAUGAUGAUGAUGAUGAUGAUGAUGAUGAUGACAAUGAUGAUGAUGACGCCGGUGGAAGGGCCAGUGACAAGCGCCCGUUGAACUCGAGGAGCAGCAACGGCAGCAAAAGCAGAGUCGCUCGACCGUCGCCGCUGUCGUCGUCUGCAUCAGCAUCAGCAGCAUCAGCAUCAGCAGCAAAUCCAAAGCAGCAUGGGAUGAGCGGAUGGGCAGGCGCAACCACCACCGCAGCAGCGAAUGCGAGUGGCCACAGCAGCGGCGCAGCAGCAGAGCCGAAUGGGGCGAAUGGGGCGAAUGGUGAUGACGGAGCGGCAGAUUCGGCGGCAGAUUCGGCGGGAUGGCCACACGACAGCGACCGCCGCCGCCGCCGCCGCCACGUCAACGAGCAGCAGAGCACCGCUACCACCGCUACCACCACUAUCACGACCACUGUGCAACGGCGGCAUCCACAGAGCAGCAGCAGCAGCACAGCCAUCGCGACUGCGGAACCGAGCGACAGCAGAACGAACACGAACACGAGCAGCACGAGGAUGAUGAACGGGCGAGUCGCCGGCAGUGUGUAUGAGGUCAUGCACACCACCAACCACCACAAGGAUGGCAACGACGAUGACGAUGACGACGACAUGCAGGAUGAUAAUGCCGCGAUCGCAUCCGAACAGCCGCUACUGCAGACGACGACGACGCCAGCCGGAUCACCCUCAAACCCGGCCAAUCUCACCGCAGCAUCCGAACCGACCAGUCCACCGCCGUCCAAGCUCAACAUGACCAUCAUGAUUGCAAUAUUCAUUGCGCUGUUUGCCAACUCGGUCACCAUGACCAUGCUAUUCCCGUUCGUCGGAUUCAUGGUCCGCGACUGGCACAUCGUCUCGGACGAGAAGGAGCUCGGGUACAUUGUCGGUUUGAUCGCAUCAAGUCUGUUCGUGGGUCGUGCCGUUGGCAGCUAUCCCUGGGGCGUGGUGGCGGAUCGCUGGGGCAGAAAGCCAGUCAUCUUGAUCAGCAUGCUUGCGCUCGCAGUGAACACUGCCUUGUUCGGAGCAAGUAGUAAUCUGACCUGGGCGCUGUUGACUCGCUUUGCCACGGGUGCUUUCAGCGGCUUGGUUCCUGCGGCAAAGGCCGUCGCAGGCGAAAUAUCAGACGUCCACACCCAGGGCGCAGCCAUGUCCAUCAUUUCCAUCGCCUGGAGCGGCGGCAUGGUCAUGGGCCCAGCAAUCGGAGGCUUGUUGACCCAUCCCGCCGAAAAGUGGCCAGAGCUGGUGUCUCCCGAUUCCAUUUUGGCCAAGUACCCCGCGUUCCUUCCUUGCAUUGUCAGCUCGAUCAUUUCCACGGUUGGUCUGAUCGCCGUUGCCAUCUUCCUGCCCGAAACCCUCAAGCGCAAGGCCAAGGUUUCAUCGUCAUCCGCAGCCUCCGAGUCCAACUCGAUGGCUAUGAUGACAUUGCGGCGCAAAAAGCGCACCGGCGCAAAGUACCAUCGACUCGAGGACGCCAGCGAGACGGAUGGAAGCGAUUCCGAGGACAAGAGAGUCGCUCGUGCACAUGCAAACAGCGACGACGACGACGACGAUGAGGAGGAGGACGUUGCUGUCUUUGAAUCCACCUCACCCUCCAACAAAAAGCCAAGCUCUCAUCCACCCAAGCCGAUUGUCGACCCAAUCAGCAACAGGCGGUGUUGCGGUUUGCUCAAGCGUUCGAAUAAGCCGGACAGCGAAUUGAUAGCCAUGCUCAAAGAUCCCGACGUCAUGCUGCUCAACGCUUGCUAUGGUCUGUACGGCUUUGCGGGCAUUGUUUUUGACGAGGUUUCUGCUCUUUGGUUUAUUGCACCAAUCAAGGCUGGUGGCCUCGAGUACGAUUCCUCCACGAUUGGCGGCCUUUUGCUCGUGAUCGGACUGGCAAUGCUCAUCUGCUCCCUCUUUCUAUUUCCGGUGCUGGAACGCCGCUUUGGCACGCUUUAUACGUUCGAAUUUAUGUGUCUUGUGACGGUGGUCCUCGUACCGCUCUUCCCCUCACUGGCAUACCUGGUCAACCAGCCCGGCCUGCUCUUUGUCUCUCUGGUGGUUGUAGGAGUCGCCAUUCGCGUCUCCAUGAGUGUGGCGUUCUCGGCCAUCAACGUGGCAAUCAACAACUCUGUGUACCGCCACCAGCGUGGUACUGUCAACGGACUCGCGAUGAGCCUCAACGCCAUGACCCGCGCAUUGGGGCCUGCUUGUGGCGGCGCCCUCUUUGCCUUCUCGCUCACCUUUGAUCGGUUCCCCAUCAACGCGAGCCUCGUGUUUAUCAUCAUCGGCAUAUGCUUUGGCUUGAGCGUGUGGCUUUGCGCCAUGGUAUCCACCUCGCUCAACAAGCCGAAAGACGAGAGCGUCUUGGACCGGCAAACCGCCGCAGAGCAAGACUCGGAGCCUUGAUGGCAUCAUAAAAUUUUUUGUGCUCGCUCGAUCAAUUCUUUUUGGUCACCAUUGUUUUCAUUAAAAGCUUUUUCGCGUUCCAUUAAGA